ACGUUUUUAUUAUUUGCAGGAACAAAGAGAUAGCAAAGAUGGCGCGUGAGAAACUCAUUAGUAUGCACGUAGUAUUAGUGAUUUUGUUGCAUCAUGUCUUGAUCAGCAUUGCAACAGAUAUCACAGAUAUUAGGCUUGUCAAUGGGGUAGGAAUCUUUGAUGGUAGAGUUGAGAUACUGAUGAAUGGAACUUGGGGAACAAUCUGUAGUACAUCUUUUGGCUCUUACGAGAGAGCGUCUAUAUGUGAAAUACUUUUUGGUGCACGGACUAUACAGAUUCUUAAGUAUCAUACGACUUCCGACAGCUAUGGAGAAGGAACAGGUCCUAUUCAUAUAGACAAUCUUCGCUGCACUGGACAUGAGGCAGAUUUAAAUCAGUGCACAUAUAGCCUAGAUGUGACAUGUACAGAUCAUAGCCGGGAUGUAGCUGUUGCUUGCAACGUGGGUUAUCUUAACAUUACCAAUACGAGACUAGUCAACGGAUCAGGACCGUACGACGGUCGUAUCGAGUUAUAUGUGGACGGGAAAUGGGGGUCCAUUGAUAGAAGAUUCAUAGAUAUGUACCAAGCAAAGACAAUCUGCAAUACACACGGUGCAAGCUUAGCUAUGUACUUUGAUACUGCAAUAUAUGGGGUAGGAACUGGGCCAAUACUGAUACGUCAUUUAUACUGCACUAAAGAAAUGGAUACCGUAAAUAGCUGUCUUUUAUCAUCACCAUACCGUCCUAAUAGCUCACACCUGUUCGACUUAUCCAUAGUUUGUACACCUUGUGGUUUACCAGAGAUUUAUAACGGAGAUCCAGUAGCAUUCAAUGGAACUGAAUUAACAGUGGCAUGUCAUACAGGAUUCUACCCAACCCAGAUUAAAAUGAAAUGUCUAAAAAAUAAUAGUUGGUCCGAGGAACAAAGAUGCACUCCCUAUCAUGCUUUUCCACUGAAUGUUAGUGACAUUCAGUUAAAGGAUAAUGAUGCAGCUUUCGGAGGACGUGUUGAAAUUUUGGUUAAUGGAACAUGGGGGACAAUUUGUGACACUAAUUUUGAUUUUGCAGACGCAAGAGUAAUUUGCAAAAUGUUUGGACUAAAAUAUAACAGCUUCAGAAAGGCCUACAGACCCAAACGUCGGUUCGCCAGGGUCAGUAUAGGCAGCGGCCCUAUCUACGUCAACAAGUUGAAUUGCACGGGAACAGAAUCUCAUAUAAACCUUUGCAGUUAUGAGAUUUCAAAUCACUGUACGCAUUACGACGAUGUUGCUGUUUUUUGUACAGGCUUUUCAUUUGAUAUAAGAUUGUCUGAUGGUCCAAGUCCAACGGAUGGAAAGGUCGAGCUAAAAAUAUUGGAUACAUGGGGAACAGUAUGCGAUGAUUAUUUUGGAAAGGAAGAGGCUGAUACUAUCUGUAGUAUGCUAGGAUACCCUCCAGCAGUAAGGUAUUAUAAUUAUGCCCAUUAUGGACAAGGCACAGGGCCAGUUAUUGUAGACAAACUUAGCUGUGAGGAAAACGCAACACAUAUAAACAACUGCACCUAUACUACAGUUGGAGACUGUAAACAUAACGAGGAUGUUUCUGUUGUUUGCACAGCUUGUACAUCGUUUGACAACUGCACCACAUGCCCAUCUGGAAAGUAUGGACCAUCCUGUCAACACGAGUGCGGGCUUGGAUGUCAAAAUCGUACGUGUGACAUAACAAGUGGAAAUUGCAAAUGUUUAUCAAAUUUUCAAGGUGAUAAAUGUGAUCAAUGUGUAAACGGUAUAUACCUUAAUGCAUGUGACAUUAACUGCCCCGCAGGUUGCGCAAAUAAUUCAUGUGACAUCAAUGGUAACUGUUAUAGCUGCAGGACUGGGUUUACUGGAAACGUGUGUCAUCGGUGUGAGUAUGGUAAAUAUGGAACUGAUUGUAACAUUACAUGCCCAUCUGGUUGCAGGAAUGGCAAUUGUAAAAAUAAUGGAGAUUGUUAUAGGUGCAUGGUUGGGUUCACGAGAAGUAAAUGCGAUAAAUGUGUCGACGGUAUGUAUGGAACUGCUUGUGAACAUGUUUGUUCUAAAAACUGUGCGCUCGGAACUUGUAUUAAAAAAAAAGAUGUGUGUAAUGGUGGCUGUAGAAUUAACUAUUACGGCGAGCAGUGCAACAUGACGUGUGCGACGACAUGUUUACAAGAUGGCGAAGGCCGACGGUGUUUUGACACGAAUGGAAGUUGUGUAAAAGACUGUCAAAACGGAUACUAUGGCGCCAUGUGUCAAGACAGUUGCAGUGAAAACUGCAUCAACAGUGUCUGCUUAAAGGCAAACGGUGGCUGCAAAUUCGGCUGCGUCGACGGAUUUAAAGGAAAAGGAUGCACACAAUCUAUCCCAGGGAUCAUAUCCGAUUCCAAUAACGCGGCAGAUUCGUUGAAUAUUGGUGCAUUCGUUGGAGGUGGAGUAGGAUCUGUGGCAGCUAUACUUCUUGCUGUAGGAACACUCAUUAUAAUAAGACGAUACCUAAGACGUGGACACUUAAGCAGACAGGCACCAGAACAACAUGAUUUAGCAGUUUCCGGACGGAUACACACACAUAUAGAUUUCGGACAGGCCUCGACGAACGUAGAAUCAGUAAUAGAACACGGUGAAGUUUCUGGACGACGUCAAGGACAAACACCGAGUGUAGCAGCUGCAAAAGGACAACAUGGUGAAGUUUCUGGACGAAAAUAAUAAACACCGAACAGAGUAUGUGUUACCUUAUGUACGAUCGAUGUUGCUAACUGCAGACCUGGAGCGGCAUUCUGCAUAUGUCUGGGGUUAUUACCAGCCAGAGCACACUGCAAAAUGCACAACUUAUGGUGCCCGCAAGAAUGUAGUGUAAUUUUUGCAGAGAGCGCACACUAUGCCGUUUUGUAUGCACGGAUUUCUUGCACUAUGUGUAAAAGUACUAAACAUAAAUAACUGGAUUGCAGCCAUAGGCGGCAACCUUCCGUAAAGUAUUAUUAUCCUACUUUAAUGCCAAAAAACCAAAAUCAAAGGGUUUGAUUUUUGUUAUCUUGAAGAGAUAUGACCUCACUUCUUAUUUAUAUUUGAUAAUUGUUCAUGUUGAACAUCAUGUAAGAUCAACGAGAAAUUAUAGACAUUACAAGGAAAUGUGUUAAUUGUAAAGAUAUAAAGAUUUAAUGAGAUGUAUUCAUUGAAUAUCAAGUUUCGAUCUUAUCUUUCAAAUAGAACGCAGUCUGUUAAAUUAAAUACUAGUGUUUCUAAUGAAUCAUUCAUAAAAACAGGAGUGCCUCAAGGUUCAAUUUUAGGCCCUUUAUUGUUUCUCUUAUACGUUAACGAUUUGCCUUUACAUUUGAAAAAUUCUAACCUUGACAUGUAUGCUGAUGAUUCAACUUUAUAUGUGGCUGAUCGGUCAGUUUCUCUUAUUGAGACAAAUUUACAGUCUGACUUAAAUAUCAUAGAUAAAUGGUGCGCUGCAAACAAUAUGGUACUUAAUCCUGUAAAAACUACUUCGAUGCUGAUAGGUUCCCAGUAUAAAAUAAGACAUUCUGCCUCUCUGAAUCUAACAGUGAAUAACUGUCGUAUAAAUUUUGUCACAAAUCAAAAAGUUUUAGGUUUACAUAUCGAUCAGCAUUUAAAGUGGGAUGUUCACAUAGAAAAUGUCUGCAAAAAGUUAUCUAACAAAUUUACACUUCUACGAAAGAUCUCAAAAUUUCUUACACUAGAAAUGAAACAAAUGUUUUAUAAUGCCUACAUCAUUCCGAUUAUUGACUACGGUGCGAUAAUUUGGUGUAAUGCUCCCAAAACAUACUUUUCAAGAGUAUCGGUGUUUCAGAAAAGUAUUGCUAGAUGGAUAUUAGCAAAACCUUUGAUAUCUUCUUCUGUUGCUAUGUUUAAAGAACUGAAAUGGCGUUCUGUCGAAAACAGACAUAAAUUACAUAUAGCUGUAAUGACGUUUAAAGCUCUACAUGGUUUAACCCCGGAAUAUAUUUCUCAGUUGAUUACUGUUUCCGACAACAAGUCAUACAACCUAAGAUCUAAUUCCCAAGGUUAUAUUACUCAUUUCAGACUCAAUUCAGAUUAUAUGAAACAAUCUUUCAAAUUUUUAUCAAUGAAAGUGUGGAAUUCUAUACCAGUUAUUAUCCGUAAUGCAGCGAAUGUGAACUCUUUCAAAUACAGUUACAAAAAACUUUUAUUUGAUGAAGUCUGCACUGCAUAAUCAUAAUGCUACAGGUGCUCAGAUCAAAUGUGUUUUUACCUUUUGUUGUUUUUUUAUAUUGUAUUGUUUUAAUAUGCAUUUUUUUAAAAUACUUUGUACCUUGUUGAAGGCCUCAUUGUAAAUAUGUGAUUUCAUUUGUAUCUGCUUAUGUGAUUGCAUAAUGAGUUUACCUUCGUAAAAUAAAGAAAUUAUUAUUAUUAUUAUUAUUAUACUUAACGUUGAAUAUUCUUUUGCGUUAUGACUUCCUUUACAAGAAAUAACAAACUUUGAUUUAUUGUGCAUGUACAUAAACGUAGAACGUAAUGCAUGUAUGGCAAAUGUUUCUAUUGUUCAUUGGUAUAUCAAUUUGUAUUUGUAUUUAGAAAUGUUGUAAAAUAGUAAACGUCAAUAUUAUGUGA